CCGUAGGCUGUGAGUAUGAACCUGAGCUGGUCUGAGCAGCUUGAGGCACUUCUCAAUGCUACUGACGGAAAUGUGGCCAGGACUAAGCAGCGGUUGUAUCCCCUUGGCGUCUCUGCUGCAGCAGGAGAUCUGACUGGGACCUGGAUUCCCCCUAAUCACUUGCUUCCCCAACCAGGAGCCCAAGCUCAACAGCCUUGAGCUCUAGAGACUCCUAUUGCUCCAGAAAGGCUAAAUUGUGCUGAGGUCCAUAGGACAUCUUCACUCUGGGAUGAAGUUACUAUUCUUAGUUCCCAGCCACGAUCCCAGGGUCAGGUGACUGAGGCACUAAGACAAGCUGUGCAGGGCCUGCUGAAAGAGCAAGAGCAGCAGAAGUACCAAAUCUGUGCCCUGGAAGCAUCACUAAAGUUGCUGCAGGGGGGCCCAGAGCGGAAGACUCUUCUCCUGGAGCAAUGCCUGGACCUGCUGAGAAGGGAACUGAGGGGCCUUCGAAGCCAGGUGUAGGAACAGACUCAAGCCCAAAUACAAGCAGGACCGCAAAAGUGCAGUGUUACCAGUGGCCUUCACCAAGAGCUGCAGAAUGAGAGGCAACUGCUAUGGGAGGAGUCAGAGGUUCUGAGGGAGGAACUGAAGUUGCUGCGGGAUCAGCUGACCCAGCAUCAGGAGCUGAUGCUGAAACAGAUGGCUGACGGGCAGCAAGUUCAGGUCCGCAGCUGGAAGAUCUCCAGAAGAGCACCCUUUCUAACCUGGGACCCAGAAACUUUCAGCUCCAGGUCCAGAGCCUUGAGCAGGAGGACCUAUCCUUUAAUGGCUCCAAGAUACUCCUGAGUGACCUGUAAGGACAUGUAAGAGUAGUAGGAUAAAGUCUUUGCUCACCUUCCCCUCCAAGGCCCGGUUUUUAGGCUCCCUGCCCCUACCCUCUUGAUCUAGCUGGUAUCUGCCCUCCCUACUGAGGCUUGUCACUGCCUGCCUACCUGCCCACCAACUGCAGUAACAUGGCUAACCCUCCCUGAUGUGUUUUCUGUGAAUCAGCACCCAUAUGGGAUAGACU